UCUGUAGCAUGAGGGAGGGGUUAAAACUUUUCAGCUUACCUGAAUAAUGCCUUCUUUGUGAGCUUCAGCUUUAUAAAUUCACACUCGCAUGCUUUCCGUCCUUCCACACCUUAACUUUCGUUGCGGACACAUCACCCCUGAGCCCUUGCCCGUCCAUCGGUCCACGCUGAACACCAUGAGAGCUGGGUUGAGACUGUUGCUGCUGGUUUCGGCAGCAGCUGUUUGUGUUUCAAAUGCUCAAACCGACAACAGCAGCGACAAUGACAAGCAGCAGCAGCGCAGCAUCUGGGAUGAACCCAUCAGAUUCAGCACCAAGACCAAAGACUCCUGCACCAUGGUGGUGUCUGCACCCGGGAAUUACACCCGCCUUCGUGUCUCCUGCACGGGCCAAACCCCAGGACGCUCUUACUACUGCGACUUCCAGGGCAAACCCACCCUGUGCCGGGCCUACAACCAGAAGCCUCGCCACUACUUCACGCAGAUGAUGUGGGAGUUGAGGAAACUGAGCCACGCCUGCCAGGGAACUAAAAUCUACCGCCCGCACAUGUGCAAGAAAUACCCAGAUGAGACUCAGAUGACCUUGCUGGCCUCCUGGCCCAAAACAGCCAACUUGAAGCCCUCCAAGCCUGCUCAGGAACCACGUAAACCAGCACUGCCAGCUCAGACCAAGCCUAUUACUUCUCCUAAACCUGUGAAGCCCAAUAAGCAGCCGGGCAAGGGGCGUCAGAGCAGGAAGACUACUCCUAAGCCCGAGAAAACGAGUGAUCACCCGACGGAGCUGCCCGAGUCCACAGCUUCCCGUCUCGCGUCCGAUUACUGUUGGAAGAGCUUCCAAGGCAUCUGCACCUACGUCAUCAACUGGUUCCAAAACUGAGACAAUAACGCAGCUACAGUUGGAGUGCCCUAUCCACACUUCCAUCUUUGACCUCUGUGUGGAAGCUCCUGGAGUCAUUUGAUCGGACUCCUCGUAUUACAACACCCUACAGACUGAGAGCAAAACCCACGACCUACACCUGUGUGCAAUUAGCAGAUGAUUUCUUUCCUGUUGUGUCUUUUUUUUUUGAAUAUGUCAAAAUUACAGCAAGACAAAGGAGAAAAUAUAGCAGGCAUGUGUUUCUGUUUGUAUAUGAUGGAA